CUCUCACGCAGAGAAACUUUAAGAAGAGUUUUUGAGCCUGAUCUGGUUUAAAGACUCUUGCACAUACACAGAGACCACUGGCAGCUCGAGCAGCCUAAACAUCUGCUCCCUAUUGAGAACCCCCUUCCAUUGCUGUUGUUCCUCCUCCCCUUUUACUGCUGCUUAGAGCUCAGAUCGUACCCAGACCUUCUUUUGCUCUAAUAAUGUUUUCCUGCUCCAUGGGACAACUUGUUUGCUGAAAUUUCCCAACCUUUUGGGGGCGGAUGGGGGAGAACUAAGUUACUCUCCUAGGAAAAAGUAAAGGCGAGUGGAAGCGGCAGCACGCCGGGGGCGGUGCAGCUUGCUCCCAGGCAAAGUGAGUAGUUGCACACACAUACAAACUUUGGAGGAGAGGAAAUCCUUGCAGCGGGAGCGUUGUGGAGUUUGUUGGCUACAGGGGCUGUUGCAAUGGAAAUGGCUUGGAUCAGGUGGGGCUUUUUGCUCUGUGCAUGUGUAUUUUUGUCACCGGCGCUCGAUGCCGCUGAAAAGAGCAGGCUGAGGAGAAUCACAUACGUACUGCGCCCCGGCCAGGCGGGCUCCCGGCUGCAGAGCUCGGCUCCUCUCGGGGGGCAGCGGCAGCAGCAGCGCACUUUUAACGUCGAGCUGAAUACCCGGUACAGCACCAGCACCCUAGAACGGACUCGCAGGAUGAGCAAACCGGGAAAUCCCAGCAUGCAGCUCCGCUUGGGCUCCAGCGUGCAGCUCCAUCACAAACCCGGUGGCCCCGCAGCCCCCUUCGCCAAGCCAGCCAGGCUGGUUCAGCGCUCCAAGCUGCAGCAACGGGAGACCCGCAGCAACAGCAGCUCCAGCCCACAGGUUCACCAGAAGCACCCGCUGCAGGGGGUGAACGUCUGUGGAGGACAGUGCUGUCAUGGCUGGAGCAAAGCUCCUGGCUUCCAGAGGUGCACCAAACCUCACUGUUCGCCACCAUGCCAAAAUGGAGGGAUGUGUCUGCGACCUCAGCUUUGUGUGUGUAAACCAGGGACGAAAGGUAACUCCUGUGAGGAUACAGUCGUGCAAGAUACUUCUUCCACUGGCAGUCAGGGCCCUGUGGCUCCACCGUGGCCAAUUCCUCAGCAGGCUGCUCAGCAGACUUUCUCUCAGAAGGUACAGGUUCCACAGAAAGUCAGCCCGGUGGCUCAGAUGAUGUUCACUCUCAAGCAGAAGUCCCCUGUUGGAUUACCUCAGCAGCUGCAAUCACGAAUGAUACCCCUUUCAUCUCAGACUUUGAUGAUGAAUCUUCAUCAUGGCCAGACACAAGAAUAUGUGAUCAAACCCAGAUAUUAUCCUGCAAAGAAAGUGAUUUCAGGAGAACAAUCCGCUGAGGAUUCAUUGCCUCUAAGAAUGGGCCAGGAUCAACUUGCAUCACCUUUCCGUUUGGGAAAUCACACUGGCCGCAUCAAGGUGGUCUUUACACCCAGCAUCUGUAAAGUGACUUGUACCAAGGGCAAUUGUCAGAACAACUGUGAGAAGGGAAAUACCACCACCCUCAUUAGUGAAAAUGGCCAUGCAGCUGACACCCUGACAGCCACUAAUUUCCGAGUAGUUAUUUGUCACCUGCCAUGCAUGAAUGGUGGCCAGUGCAGUUCUAGAGAUAAAUGCCAGUGCCCUCCUAAUUAUACUGGUAAACUCUGUCAAAUCCCAGCGAAAAAUGCCAAUUCUCCAAAACUUUACCAUCAACCACAGCAGGCAAGCAAGACCGUUGGAUCACAUGUCAUCCACUCUACACAUACUUUACCACUGACUAUGCCCGGACAGCCAGGAGUAAAAGUUUGAAUCUAGAUACCACAGCUUGACUCCAGAACCUACCCGAAUGAUUGGAAGUUAUUUUCCUUAGAUGGUUGGAAUAAUAAGAAACACAAUGUUAUUGAAAUGAGUUUGAUGAGGUGCCUAGCCAGAUUUCAC